UGAUAUCAGUUUUACAAUAUUUUUAUGAAUUAAAUUUAUUAUAUUAGGUACUAGAAUUUAAAAAGUUAAAUAAUGUUUUAUUUUUGUAAUAAAAUGUUAUCGCUAAAUGUUUCAACUAUUUAAAUUUUUUUUAUUUUAUUUACGGAUCAAAUCGGAUAUUCUUCAAAAUUCUAAAAUAUUUCGGAUAUCCGAGUCACCGAAUAUCUAGGUGGCUAAAGAUCAAAUCGAUACAAAUGCUUCUAAAUACCCAGAUAUUCGAUAUGUGCCCACCCCUAUUUACAAAUACAAUUUUAUUUUCUUUAUAUGAAAAAAUUACUAAUGUCAAGGUCUUUCUAUUUUAAAUUAAUUUUAAUUUUUUUUUUCAUGUAUUAUUUUGAAAAAAAUGUCAUUUAAUAUUAAUUAACAAUAUCUUUAUAUAUUUCUCAACUAUUUUUAUAUAUUUUUUACAUACACAUACAUAUGCACCUUGAUGUGAACACUCUGUAUCUAAGUAUUUACCACAACUGAAGAAUCUAAUUUUUUGAAAGUUGAAAUAUUUUUCUUAAUGCUUCUUUCACAACAGACCAAAUUGUAGUGAAAUGAUUUGUCUUAAUAAUUUUCUUUUAUUUUUCUUAAACUAUUAUCUGUUUUGAAACUAUUGGUUCGAUAUGACGAAUAUUUAAAAUUUAUAACAUGAAAAUAAACAAAUAAUAUUAAUUUCUGGUUUUUAUCAAUAGAUUAAAAACCAAAAAAAAAACUUAAAACCGAACUAAUAUCCAGAUUAAACAGAUUUAAUGUAUUUUUAUUAAAAAUAACGAAACUAAUAAUCACAUUCCGCGCAAGGCGCGGGUUAUUACCUAGUGUAUAAGUAUUAACGAACUUUUAAUCAAACCACUGGACUAAAUAACUCGUUUGGAAACACAGUUAAUGUUAUACUUAUGAAUUAUUUUAUUUUUUAAUUACCUCGAUUAUUAAAUAUAAAAAAACUGUCUAAAUAAUGAUUAAAUACUUUUUUAUUAUUGUAUAACGAGAUAUAUAGAGUUGUGUAUCUAUCCUCUCUUUUUGUUAUUAUCACUCACAAAAUUCAACUUAAAAAAAAAGAAGUAAACCCUAGAUAAUAUAUAAAGCCUCAAUCGUUUUCUUCAUAAAGUUCGCGCUUCAUGUACGAGUUCAUACCCUGAUUCGAUUCUCUUGCGAAUUCACCAUGUCUACGUCGACUUCACCGUCUACUACCUCACUGUAUCUGAAGCAGAGGAUGCACAAGCUAAAGAUAUAUGGAGUUUCAGACCUUAUGCAGCACAUCGACACGUUCAAAGAAACAAUGGGUGAUUCAGUGACGGUGAAAAUUGAUGACUUUAAUAAUUUAUCAAUCUUGUUGUGUUCUCUUCCCCCUCUGUUGACAGCACUUACGUGUAACAUGGAGAAGGUUGAUGCUUCCUUGCGCUUUCCUCAUGAGCGUUGGCCUGAAGUAAUCUCCAUGAAACCUAGAGCUUUCCUUUACCACAAUUUCUUGAAAAAUGAGGAAUGUGAGCACUUGAUUAGCCUCGCCAAACCUUAUAUGAGGAGGUCAUUGGUGAGUGGUUACGGAGGGGGAAAACAAAGCAGCGCGAGAACGAGCACGGGAAGUUUUAUUAGUAGAGGACAUGAUAAAAUUGUGGAAGAGAUUGAGAGGAGGAUUUCAGAAUUCACCUUCCUUCCUGUAGAAAAUGGAGAAGGUCUUCAAGUUAUCCAUUACGAAGUUGGUCAGAAAUUUGACCCUCACUUUGAUGGAUUGGGAAGAAUUGCUACUUUCCUUAUGUACCUGUCGGACGUUAAUAAAGGAGGCGAAACAGACUUCCCUAACUCCAGUGGAGGACUAUCUGUUUCACCAAAGAAGGGAGACGCUGUACUCUUCUGGAACAAUAGGCCUGACGGUUCUCAAGACCCUUCGAGUUUUCAUUCUGGUCGUCCAGUAAUCAAAGGAAACAAGUGGGCAGCAACUAAAUGGUUUCAUUCUCACGAAUAUAAAGGCUCCUACACUAAUACACAACAAUACAAAUAGCUUUUUGAGAGGUAGGCUCUUGACUUCACUUUUCGUGAAUGAAUCCGCCUUUUGGAUUGUAUUAAUUUCUGUCGUCAUUUGCAGGUUUUCAUGAUCUCGAACAUGAGAUGUCACUGGAGUUAACCUCUUUCUCAGUUGAAAAGGAAAUAAGAAUUCCGUUGUUUUGUGCUUAUCUAAGAAAAUAUAUUGUUUUUUUUUUCAGUUUUGACGCUAUGAUAACAUGAUUUAUAAUUCUAUAUUUCAAUCAAUGCGUCUUACCCAUCAUUUGGGGUCGUAAAACAAAAGAGUUGUCAUAUUUAUUUUUAAAACACAUUGACAGUGACAAUGGUUCUAGUUGACUAGCAAGAAGCAAAAGAUGUAAAACAAACAGAAAACAAAGCACGGUUAAAUUAAUGCAACUCUCAUCCUCUUCCGUGAUAACAUUUUUAUUGCAACAAACCUAAAAAAACAAAAAGAACAAAAACAAACCUUUUGGGUACAGAAAGCUCUCUGGGGCUUACCAAUGUUUAACUUGCCUGUGCUUAGGACUGGUCUUGUUGGUAGUCUACAUUUUCGUGUGGGGCUAAUGUGUAAUGUCAGUGCAGAAAAUGGAGAGAGUCUACAAGUUCUACAUUAUGAAGUUGGGCAGAAAUAUGAGCCUCACCAUGACUAUUUCAAAGACGAGUUAAAACGUCUAAAGGGGAGGGCAACGAGUUGCUACUGUUCUCAUGUACCUGUAUAUAUUAACUAAACCAUAUUCCUUCACAGUAUUUUCCACUAUAUGUAUAUGCGUUAGUUAAUCCUCUUUAUUUGAUUCUAUUAAUAUUUGUGAUAGUCCCAUGGUGGAACGAGCUCUCACAAUGUGGUAAAGAAGGACUCUAUGUUCUUCCAUUGAAGAGAGGCGCUUUGCUCUUCUGGAGCAUGAAGCCUGAUGGGUCUCUAGAUCCUUCAAGUAUGCAUGGUCAGAGAUUAAUUAUGACACUUAAAUUAGUAGAGAUUUAAAACCAAACCUCUCAGAUACUUCUUUUUUUGAUACAGAUGGCUGUCCAGUGAUUAUAGGAAACAAGUCGUCAUCAACUAAAUGGCUUCACGUUCACGAGUACAAGAAUUGAGUAAAAAAAAAUGGUAAGCUCUUUUUUUGGACUACAGAUAGGUAAGCUCUUAACCUCACUUUAGUAAUGAAUCCUUUGCAUUGUCUCAGAUUGUUUUAUUCUUUCUGUACUCUUUUGCAGGUUUCCAUGAUCUUAUCUAACCAACAACAUGUACUAGUGUGUGUAUCAUUGUCAAUCUCAUCCUGAUGCUUCUCUUAAAAGCUCUCAAAACUCCGCACCAGCAAAAUCACAUUCUGGCCUUCAAUUAAGUAAAACUUACUUGAUGUUGUCAAGGCAAUUUUCUCAAAUAGCUUUUUUUUUUAGUUUUUGUCACAAAAAAAUUCGAAAAAAAAAUAACCAAAAUUUUUUAUUAAAUAGUCAAAAGAUCAUUUUAUCCCUCAAUUUAUAGAUAUGAAAAUAUAAAUAAAUAACAAUUAAAAAUAUAGUUUCGAAUUAUAUGUUUUCAAAUUUAAAAUUUUUUGUAAUUUUUCUUUUUUGAACUUUUUCCAAAAAUUUUUUUUCAAAUUUUCGGUUUGAAAUUCAAAAAUAUUUUUUAAAACUAUUUAAAAAAAAGUAUUUUAAAAUUUUUAAUUGUUAUUUCAAAAUUUUUAAUUUUCAUUCCAAAACUUUAUCCCUUAACUCUAGACUUUAAGUCUAAAUUAAUUAAUACUAAAAGUAUAAAUGUAUAUUUACUUUUUAAUAAAACAUGUUUUUGCCACUUUCUUAUUUAUGACUCUUUUUGUGAAAAUAAAUUAAAAAUGAUCAUCAUAGGAAAUUUCUGAUGUUUUUACCUUAUGAGUUAUUUUCUUUGUUAACUCGAUUUUAAUUAUAAAAAGCCUGUCAUAUCGAUCAAUUUUAAAAUUUUGUUUUCAAUUAUAUAUAACGAGAUAUAUACAGAUGUGUAGCUAUCCUCUCUUUUUGUUGUAUACAGAUUUUAAUUACUCACAAAAUUAACUUAAAAAGAAGAAGCGAACUCAAUUGUUUUCUGGAGUUCAUACCUUGAUUAGAUUCUCUUGCGAAUUCAACAUGUCUGCUUCGGCUUCACCGUCUACUAUCUCACAGUAUCUGAAGCAGAGGUUGCACAAGCUAAAGAUAUAUGGAGUUUCAGACCUUAUGCAGCACAUCGACACGUUCAAAGAAACAAUGGGUGAUUCAGUGAACGUGAAAAUUGAUGGCUUUAAUAAUUUAUCAAUCUUGUUGUGUUCGCUGCCCCCUCUGUUGACAGCACUUACGUGUCACAUGGAGAGGGUUGAUGCUUCGUUGCGCUUUCCUCAUGAGCGUUGGCCUGAAGUUAUCUCAAUGAAACCUAGAGCUUUCCUUUACCACAAUUUCUUGGUAAUUCCUUCCUUUUUUUAUUAUUCUUUUGGGAUAAAAUUUUGAUUUUAUAUAUACUUUAUUUGGUAGACGAGACUUUGCUACCUGCAUGCUAGUUCAUGUAGCUUGUCAGACAAGUUAAAUAAACUAGAUCCUGUCUAGGGUUUGUGCUUUAGAUCUUCUUACAGUAAAAAAAAACACAUAGGAUCAACUGACACAUGUUUCUCUCAUGAGAAAGAAUGUAAUAACGUAAUCCCUGGCUUCAUCCUUUUAAAGAAUUUAUAGCAACAUUAACAGUUACAACCUCUCCAAGGUUCUAAAACAAAAAAAAAAGAUAAUAUUAUUAUAAUAUUUUACUUAUACAGAUUUUAAAAAUUCCUGCAGUGAGAACCUUUUGCUAUUCUCUCUAAUUUAAUUUAAUUUAUUUUUCAUUUUUAUUUAAUGAUGAGAACUCCUUUUAUAUUGGAGGUAACACUUCAAAGGUUUAGGGCGGCUCAUUGAUCUUUGCUCUGUUUAAUAUGUAAAGAAAAAUGAAGAAUGUGAGCACUUGAUUAGCCUCGCAAAACCUAAUAUGGUGAGGUCAAUAGUGAGUAAUGCGACAACCGGAGUGCAAGGAGUAAGCAGGUUCUGUAUAUAUACUCGAAUCUUUUUGUUUUGUUUCUCUGAUCCCCUUGUCAAGAUUUUUAAUUAAGAAAAAAUUGAGAUUUGGAAUUGAAGUGUGCAUUAAUGUGCAUGCAGCGCGAGAACGAGCACGGGAAGUUUUAUUAGUAGAGGACAUGACAAAAUUGUGGAAGAGAUUGAGAAUAGGAUCUCAGAGUUCACCUUCCUUCCUGUAGGUAUAUGAUUCUUUCUAAGGUUAUAUUGUUGCUACUCUUUACAUUGUCUUGGUUUAAAGUUAAUAAAUGCAGAAAAUGGAGAAGGUCUUCGAGUUAUCCAUUAUGAAGUUGGGCAGAAAUUUGACCCUCACUUUGAUGGAUUGGGAAGAAUUGCUACUUUCCUUAUGUACCUGUAUGUUAAAACUAUACACAUACAACCCCUUUUUAUAUAUAAUAAUCUAUAUGUCUCAUGAUCUGAUCAGUCGCAAGAAGCGAUAUUAUCUAGUGAGUGAGUAAGUAAGUUAGUAAUCUUCUUUCUUUUAAUGAUUAAUUAGGUCAGACGUUGAUGAAGGAGGCGAAACAGUCUUCCCUAUGUCCAGUAGCGGACUAUCUGUUUCACCAAAGAAGGGAGACGCUGUACUCUUCUGGAACAAUAGGCCUGACGGGUCGCAAGACCCUUCUAGUUUGCAUGGUGAGAGAUAAACACAAUUGCCUUUCUUCAUGCGUUUCUUUAUAUCAUAAUAUUAUUACCCUUUUUGACUUGCAUAAUGAGAUUUAAACAUUUGAUUGAUUCAGCUGGUAGUCCAGUAAUCAAAGGAAACAAGUGGGCAGCAAAUAAAUUGUUUCACUUUCAGGAGUUCAAGUACCCCGACCCUAAUACACAACAAUAAAAAUAGCAUUUAUUUAGAGGUGAGCUCUCGACUUCGCUUAUGUUUUUUUUUUUUUUUUUUUUUAUGUUGAUGAAUCCUUUGUAUUGUAUUUAAUGUUCCGUCUCCAUUUGAAGGUUUUCAUGAUCUCACACAUGCUACCUCAAUGGAGUAAACCUCUUGAUCAGUUGAAAAGAAACAAGAAACCAGUCAUCUUUUCCUUGUCUUAGAAUAUAUUGUUUUUCCAGUUUUCUUAACUAUGAAAACAUGAUUUUAUAAUCUUAUCAAUGCGUCUUACCCAUAAACAAAAGAGUUGUCAUAUUUAUUUUAAAACGCCUUGACAGUGACAAUGGUUCCAAUUGACUAGGAAGAAGCAAAA